CAAUCGUCUCAAACUAAAGUACCUUCAAGCAAAUUAUUUUAAAUAAAUUUUAGUUUACCGCCAGCGAUGAAUCGGUUAACACAAUCGAGAAAGAUGUACACUUUUCCGUAUAAGAUCGUAGACGUUGAUCCCGAAAUAAACACUGAGCUGCUACAGUAUUUCAAGGGUGAACGCACAGGAUUUGUGCAAGUGGGUCCUGAAAAAUAUUUCUUUCCUCACAAAUACAAGUUGGAAGCGGAAAAUUUUUAUAAUUUUUGUGCACGUCCGGAUGAUAUUUGGUUGGCAACAGUUCCACGAUCUGGAACCACGUGGACUCAGGAGUUAGUUUGGCUACUGGAACAUAAUUUAGAUUUUGAUGCAGCCAAACAGGAGCAUCUCUCAGAACGCUUUCCAUUUUUUGAGUUUUCAUUGUUCGUUCAUCCUGAAGUCAAAGCUGAGUUGGCAGCUGAAAAUUCUGGGGAUAAUAAAAAACUAGAAUUCAUUGAACACUUUUCCAGAUCGGGGUACAAAACUCUAGACGAGUGGCCAUGUAAUAAGAGACGUUUUAUAAAAACACAUUUUCCCUUUUCUUUGCUGCCUCCAAGUGUUAUGCAGAAUAAGUGCAAGGUAAUAUAUGUAUUGCGUAAUCCCAAAGAUGUAGCAGUUUCCUAUUAUCAUUUGAAUCGGUUGUUCCGCACUCAAGGCUACAAUGGUGAUUUCCGCCGAUAUUGGGAUUACUUCUCAAGGGGAUUAAACCCCUGGCUGCCAUACUACAGUCACAUAAGUGAAGCGCUUGAGCAUCGCCAUCUUUCAAAUAUACUCAUCCUUAACUAUGAAGAUAUGGUUUCCGAUUUGAGGGGUGUCAUAUUGAAACUAGCCGCAUUUUUAAAUCGCAAAAUCAGUACGGAGGGUUUGAAAAACUUAAUACAACAUUUGGAUAUUAAAAAUUUUCGUGAGAAUUCAUCAGUAAAUGGAAGUGAAAUGGCGGAUGUUGGAGUUUUGCUAAAGGGUGAAGCAGGCUUCGUUAGAAAAGGUGGUAAUGGAAAGCGAGAAGAGCUCAUGAAUGGAACUGAUCUAAAGAACUGUGUAGACCAGUGGAUUCACGAAAAUAUGACAAAAAUUAAUAUUCAUAAGUAAA